CGUUGAACUACUGCAGAGUAAAUAUUUCAGAAAACCGUUUUGUUUUCAUGUAGAAAACUUCAAUUUUCACGAUAUAUGAUGAAUUAAAUUGAUUUCCAUACUCCAUUGUUGAUGUGCCUUUUACCCUGUGAUCAUGGAUGAGGUCAACGUCAAAGUAGCUGUUCGGGUCCGUCCACUUUUGCAACGUGAGAAAUUAUCGUCCGAAACAUCCUGUGUGAAAAUUAUUCCUGCCAACAACCAAAUCAUCCUUGGGAAGGAUAGAGCGUUCACUUUUGACCAUGUGCUUGGGCCAAAGAAUACCCAAGAAGAGCUUUAUGAAAACUGCUUUAAACCUCUAAUUGCUGGCUGUUUUGAGGGCUACAAUUGUACUGUGUUUGCUUAUGGACAGACCGGUUCUGGUAAAACCUACACAAUUGGUGGAGGAAACAUUGCGGAUUUGACCGAGGAUGAAUUUGGAAUUCUGCCAAGGGCGAUCAAGCAUAUCUUUGCUCGUAUGGAGGAGCACAAACAUAUUGAUUAUAAAGUGAAGGUGUCUUAUUUUGAGGUGUAUAAAGAGGAACUUGCUGAUUUAUUGGACCCAGACCCAUCCAGUAAAAAGGACUUGCAUAUCAGAGAAGAUGACAAGGGAAUUACAGUUAUCAUUGGUGCGCGGGAAGUGGAGUGCGAAUCAAUGGAGGAGGUCAUGUCUUGUCUGGAGGCUGGAUCAUCCGUCCGUCACACCGGUUCAACCCAGAUGAACGAGCAGUCCAGUCGUUCACAUUCCAUAUUUACCAUGCUUAUAGAACAAUCCUGGUGUGAACCAGAAACCCCCGUCCGUGACCAGAGUGAUGAUGAAGAGCUUGAUGGCGACAUGACCCAUUAUAUCAGCAGCAAGUUCCAUUUUGUUGAUUUAGCUGGGUCUGAGAGAGCACACAAGACAGGAAACACUGGAGACAGGUUCAAAGAAUCCGUCCAUAUCAAUACAGGGUUACUUUCCCUGGGCAAUGUGAUCAGCGCCCUCGGUGACCCGAAGAAGAAAUCCACCCAUAUUCCAUACCGAGAUGCUAAGAUUACGAGAAUACUUAAAGAUUCCCUCGGUGGCAACGCCCAGACCCUUAUGGUGUGUUGUAUUAGUCCGUCCAGCGCCAGUUUUGAUGAGUCUCUCAAUUCACUGAAAUAUGCAAAUAGAGCUAAAAAUAUCAAAAAUAAACCUAUUAUCAACCGUGAUCCUCAGUCCAUCCGAUUCGAAGAGAUGCAAAGUGAAAUUAGAGCCCUUCGAGAAGAACUAUCCCGCCAACGAUCAUCGCUAAUUACAGCUGACAUGGAUUCCGUUACAUCAGCCCGAGCUGUUGAAGAUGCCAGUGCUAUCAGGUCACUUGAGGAAAAAAUUGUGAGAUUGCAAACAGAGUGUUCCCACUAUCGCAUGAUCACCGAGGAGGCCUAUAAACAGAUUACAGACAUCCAACAACAGGAGAUCCUCUCGUCAAGUCAGAAUGCACGCCUAAGGGAGUGGCUCGACUUGAUGGAAGAGCUCCAGAGCAAAGUUCCUGCCACUCUGAAUCGCGACGGAUGGGAUAACCAGACGAUCAACAGACUACAUGACGAGUUAAAGAAGUGUCGGGAAGAUCUCAAGAGCGACGAGAGGAUAUUUGCUGAGAAGAGUAUUGAGAUCAACAGUCUGAAGGAAAGGUUGGCUGAUUUGGAGGAAAGUCACCAGAGUAGUUCGCUCAGUGCUGAAGAGUUAUUAGAUAAAACCAAGAAACAAGAACAGAAGCUUGUGGAACAACAGCUGAAGAUUGAAGAGUUGGAACGUAGACUCAAGGAGCAAGACCGGUUGCUAAGCAUUGGAUCAAGCCAUGACAGCCAACUUCCAAUGGUUGACGACCUCCCACCGAUCUCAUCCAGAAGGGCUAAGUCCGUCCCCGCCAAUAUGAUCAAGAGGCAGAGUAGUACUGAUACUGCUGAUCCUUUGGCAACUCGUAAAAUCCACACCAGUCCUGCGUUGAUUUCACUUGAACGUGUAAUGCAGGGUUUCAGGGCUCGAAGCCAGCUCCUGGCUAAUCAACUCGAAGACGAGGAUGAAGUUCGACAGCCAAGCUUUGAUAAUGGGAAGAUAGAGGAGGAAGAGGGUCCGAAACCUUUCACUCGAAAGAAUACUUAUAAGAUUAAGAAGAAGAAAGGUCAAGAGGUCAAGUCUGCUGGUUCAGACAGGACAAAAUCUGGAAUCCCUCAACCAAGUUCAGAGAGGGCUAGCAGUGCUAAGAGUAAAUCUAGAAAAGACAAUUCCAAGAGUGGAGACUCAGUCUUUGGCAGCCAAGUCACAGAUGGAGAUGUUAAGCAGUUACAGGACAACACUUUGCUACAGAAGAGGAAGAUCAAAGAAUCUCAACUCAAGUUACAGAAUGCUAAUCAGAAGAUGAGGGACCUGUCUAUCAACAUCAGGCUCAAAGAACAGCUGAUACGCGAUCUUGUCAAGUCGAGCAAGGAGUCGGAGUCAUUGAAUAAGCAGUAUGCUGAUAAAAUAAAGGCUCUUGAAAAGGAGCGUGUAGCAGCCAAAGCUGAUGUGGCAGAAACACAGAAAGCUCUUCAGGAGUUAGGAGCCAAGGAACAACAAGAGACAAAUGAGAAGAAAAGGCUACAGACGGAAUUCCAAAAGAAGAUCGAAGCUGCAAAAUCAAGGAUGAAAACCCUGCAGAGGAAACAAAUGGAAACCGAAAAGAUGGCCAACAUCACCGGCCAGAAUGACAAACGGAUCGGAGAGUUAGAGUUUGCUAUCGAUAAAAUGAGACAGCAGCAGCAGAAUCUGAAUAAAAAACUGAAAGAUGAAGCAGAUAAUAAAGAAAAGAUGGAGCGUGAGAUGUUCCGUGACCAGCACAAAAUCAAAGAGCUUGAAAUGAGGAAUGAACAGCAGUCGAAAGUGUUACGAAUUAAAACAGAGGAAACUGCUGCCCUUCACCGAAAACUUAGACAUGGUUCUGCUACUGUUUCACAGAAAGGAAUAAGCACACGUUUCCAAGCUGUUCAAAAUACCCUUUGCGGUGAGCAAGAGAAGGUGGAAGAACAGCGGCGAUGGUUGGACAGCGAGAUUGAAAAGGUGCUGAAUCAGCGUAAAAAGAUGGAAGAGUUACAAGAGGAGCUGAAGAAAAGAGAAGAGAUCAUUGCCAAGAAGGAGGGGAUACUUGCAGAAAAAAGUGAAUUGGAGAUUAAGAAGUUACGGUCCAGUCAACAUGUGAAUAAGGACAUUUUAAGUGUUGCAAACAAACUGGAAGCCGUUGAGAAAAAAUUACAAGAAAAGACACGCGAGAUGGCUCAGACGCCUGAGGAGGAGCGUGCAGAACUUCAGAAGGAGGUCCAGAACCUUGAACAUGGCCGAGAGGUGUUGAUGAGGCAGAGGAACGUGUUGGAUGAGAAACUCCACGGCGGGAAUCUGCUGUCGGCUGAUGAGGAAAGGAGGUUGAUAGAGUUAGAGGAGGCCAUAGAAGCUCUGGAAGCUGCCAUUGAAUAUAAAACAGAUGCCAUAUCAAGUCGUCAAGAGGAAAUCAGGCGAUCGCAUCUCAGUUUAAUGGAUGAUAACCAUCUGUUGGCCAAGCUUAGCUCGCUCAGUGGGAACGACUCCAAGGCACUUCUGACAAAAUACUUUGAGAAGGUGAUCACGCUACGCGAGCAGGAGAGGACUGUUGAAUACAAGAAUAGCGAAUUAGAGACUAAAGUAGACGAACAAACGCACCUGAUAAGAGAAUUAGAACUGACCCUGGACCGCACAAGUGCAGACACGGACCGCCGACUGACUCAGCAGCAACAAGCCCAUGAGAAGAAGAUUCAAUUGCUGAUGCACCAACUUGCUGAGCUUGAGAGGGGAGGGGAUGCCGAGUCGAGUGUGAAGGUCCUGCAGCUGGAGAAAGAUCUGUUCUAUUACAAGAAAACAAGCCGUGAUCUGAAGCGGCGGAUACGUGAGUUGAUGGCCAAGGGCGGCAUGAUGCAGGAGGGGGACGAGAUUGAUGCCAGUUUACGAUCCGUUGGGACGCCAAGAGAUCAUGGGGAGGGAGGUCCAAGAGGAUCGUCAAGGCCCUCUAGUGUCAGGGAAAAUCGAGAGCCAACUCCAAGAUCUUCCCGUUCUGUUGCCGCUAAAAAAGUUGAAGGGAAUGGUGAGCGUGUGGUGACGCCAGUGAAAAUAUCACGGAAAGAAUUACGCCAGAUGACAGAGGAGGAAAUAUCAUUGAGGAAAUCCAAUGCGAGUCAGGCUUCCAUAACAGACUCCUUGGAGGUCCAAAACGACGACCAGUGGUGAUAGUUACUUCAAUUCCUUCCAGGUGUCAUGUAACGGUGCAGAGCAUGAAGUUGUCCAACUUGUGUUCACUUUGAAAACAUUCCAAUUUCCGGUGGGCUGAACAGCAUCGGAAUAAGUUCUUUGUCCACCCAGAGCUUUAGUUGUCAGUACAAUACUGUUGUAUAAGAGUGUCAGGGUUAUGUAGAUUUGAGUGUAUUGAGAUUAAGUUAUUCUGAAUGUAGAGAGAAAGGUCUACUGCUCUUAGUUAGAUGAUAUUGCACAUACAUGUUGGAAAAAUCAAAAACACCAACCUCUAGACUGUGAAUUCUCACCAAGUAGGGGCUGUGCUGAAUGUCAACAUUGAAAAGAACUACGUCGGAGUUGAAUUUGAUUUUGUGUUUGUAACACAUGUAUCAACGAAUGAUGACAUUGGUGAGAAAUUUUGUACAGAUUCUGUAUUUUGGGUUGAUAAAUGCAAAGGAAUCAAGUUGAAUAAGCCAGGAUGUUGUAGGUGCACUAAACAACUUGCGAGUAAUCCAUCCACCCAUGACUUUAAGAAUUACGAAUUACCAUGACUGUUUUAUACUUUUUUCACCUUUGACACAAUAUAUGCUGGUGAGCUUCUUACUGACUCUUCAAAUAAUGUGCUGCUAUUCUUGCAGUGUGUCUUGUAUUGCUAUGUUUACCAUAUGAAAUCUUCUUGGCGUAUAAAGACAGUGUCGCAUUGUUAGUUCUAUGAAUGUGACUCAGUCUCCGUCCUCGGAGUUUGGAAUGGGUGUCUCAAUCCCCUUGGCUGGUACCAAAAGAAAUGAAAUCUUUACAUUAUUGUGGCCCACUCCAAAGAUGCUGACUCAUUUCGUAAAACAAUGAUUUUGAGGAGUUGAUCUCAUUUCGCUGUUUAAAGUGUUUGAAACUUGAGGUCAUUUUGAUAUGUGACCCGUCACAGCAAAACCAGGCGCAUGUCGCACAGAAGAUGAGCCAAAGUGACACCAGGAGAUAAUGGAAGAAAUUGAUGUGCUCAUAUUUCACAAAAGGCAGACAAUAGAGAAUUGAUCAAACAGUCCGUCUCAAGCUGCCAAGCUCAGAGCGACAUGCGCCUGGUUUUGCUGUGACGGGUCACAUAUGACUCAUUAUCGUAAAAUACUUGUGGCUGAAACAGUAACUACUGGUAUUACCGUCCUGCUGUAGAUAAAAGCAUAGUAACUUAUUGAAAAUGUCGGUUAUGAUUUUUUUCACAUGACUUACAAAUUUGGCUAAUGUAGAAGACAAAUGUAUAAAUUAUAUGGGGAAGACUCAAAUUCUGCCCGGCAUUUUUUGUCCAAUAGAUUUUUGUAUGUGUAUUGGCAAGCUUAAAAUUUAAUGUAUGAAUUGUACAUGUACAAGUUUUAGGCAUAUUUUUGUUGAUUUGAAUAAAUUUUACCUUC